AUGGAGUUAUGUUCACAGAAUCUGCAGAAUAUUCUUGAAGUGAAACCACAAGAAUUUGGUCGACAGUUAGGAAAAGCCAUGGAUUGUGUCGAGUAUUUCAUAUCGUGUGAAAUACUGAUACAGAUCUUAGAAAGUGUUAAAUACUUACACGAAUUGAAUCCACAGAUCAUUCACAGAGACCUCAAACCCGAAAACAUAUUAAUUACCGAAAAUUUAUGUGACUUUGGUUUGGCUACUGUUCACGACAGACGUGUUCACUACCGAACGACACGACAGCAUACGGCAGAUAUCGGGGACUUGAGAUACAUCGCACCGGAAGUAACUCAGGGCCAGAAAUAUAACCAUAAGUGCGAUGUCUAUGCUUUGGCGCUAAUUGGGGGCAAAAUAUUUGAUUUUGACAUAUUUAACCUCGGUUUACCAAACUUACCGUCUUAUAGUGAAAACAUAACAGUCCUAAACGCACCGGUACUCAAACUGAAGGGCACAUUGAACUCAAUGGUGAACCUGCAGUGGAAUGAAAGGCCGGAAUGCAGUGAAGUGUUGUCUGAAUAUAACGAGUGUACUUAG